GAAAGCAAACGAGAGAGAGAGAGCGAGAAUGAGGAUUUGUCAAUCAAGUGUCACAAAAUAAAUUCAUUUAAUAUGAUUUAUUGAUUUAUGCUAAUUAAACUCGUGGGAAAAUUAAUUUCAAAUUUGCUUAAAAAGCUUUGCAGAAUCAGACUGUGGAACAGUAGUUCUCGAGCUUCAUAAUAAAUAUAAUAUAAUGGAAAACACCUCUGCAGGUGCACAAUCAAAAGAUCCUGCUGAAACUGAAGAGUCACCGGCAGCGACAAACUUUUACGAUACAAAAUUAUUUCGUUGGUUUUCGCUUUUUCUCUAUCUCGGUGGCAUAAGUGGUCUUGGUAUGGUUUUAUCACUUUACUAUUUGCUCUUCUUCGACUCCAGUAUGCCGGAUAUACAUUUAAAGUUUCCGGUGUCAAUAGAUGGUAAACCUGUGCAAAAGGUUCAAACCUAUACAUGAGGCGAUCAUUUAUGUAUACAAUGUGGUGAAGGACAUGAAGCGAGAGCUUUAUAAUUCUUGGACGUCAAGUCAUUUAUUACAAGUUUCGAGGUAGCUGUCCGCGGUGCUACGAGAUCGACGAGCUAGCUAGCAGAAUAACGGUAAGCUCUGCAUAGAACAUGAUCAUACCUUCGUCAAACUACCAGCUAAAUUCGGCCUUCACCAUUAGGGCCAAAGGUUACAGAAAUAGAUCUGGCCAAGUAUUUACAUCUUCUAAACAGGAUCACCCUGAGCUUAGCAAUAAGUGUAGCAAACGGACACUCUCGAUGGGAACUCAUGAUAGAAGGA